AAAUAAGAUGUCAGUGUUGAAUGUGAACGAAACCAUUUUAGCUUGGAUCGUAUCCCUCGCAGUUUCCGCGCGUGGUCAUCACGAAGUAUCGCCUCGCUAGGAACUGUGGGAAUCUUCGUUGUCAAAGGUGAAUGGGAAAUCUACUCAUGAAGUCAUCCUAUUAGUCUUGAAUUGGCCUCACCCGAGUGAAAACCGUCACGUACAAAGUCCUACCUUCUGUUGAGCAUAAGGUAAGAAAAUGAAGCAAUGUACUUUGAUCAGAAUCAUAAGAUAUAUUCCUUCUUGAUAGACUGCACGAAAACAUUUUCGAAUGAGUGCGCACAACAUGCAUCGAUCGCGCGCGGGAAAUCUGAAAACUGGAAUAAUUUCAAUCGAAACUAGCUAACGCGAUUUCUUGUUAAAGGGGUUGUUUUAAAUUGGUUUUAUUGACUCAUAAUUGUGAAGGAAUGGGCAGAUCGCUCUCCUUAACGGUUUGAAGUACCUGAUUCAAGAAUCCUGUCUGACUACAAUUGCAGUUAAUAUUUAUAUUUCACUAUCACUGAAGUUUGUGAUUUCGUGUUUUCUUGUCCUUCAUGCUUCUGGCACUAAAUUUGCAGAUUAAGGAGUAUUGAUGAUAUGAAAUGGAUACAGUCGGCGGUUUGUUUUACAUGUAAUGGAUCUGACUGAUUUGACCGAGUUGUUCUUUAGAAUUAACACGAUGCAAAGCUGUCAUCUCACAUGUACUGUGUCAUUACCAAAUCAAACUUUAAACCGACCCCCGCUGUCGUUAUCUGUCUAAAUGAACUUAAAUUGAAAUUUUGAAAACGUCUUUUUCUAAAAUCUAUCAGGGAAAAUGCUCUCUAAUUUUGAAAAUGGGCUGAAUGCAGCAAUUGAUAAUUGAUCAUAUUUUACAUGGUUCUUUCUAUGAUUUCAACUUAUUUGCAGUUCUAAAAUCCAGUAUACAUUAAAUAAUUAAUUAUUGUUUUAUGAUUAUUGAAUAAUAAUUUUUUCAGCGGAUAAAGCUAUUUUUUGAGUUAUGUUUGGACAAUUUAACCAUAAUCUGUUACUUUUUAUCUUGAAUUCAUUACAAUAUUCAUAAUUUGUGAACAAUAUUGAUAUACAGGAAUAUUGCAUUUUAGAUAUUGAGAACACUUUAUGAUAUAUUUAUUUAUCAACAAUAUGAAAUAUUUGUGAAAAACUUUGGGAAAUGUUAAUAAAAAUUUAGGUCACAUGUCAUUGUUAACAAACACGAAAAACAGCUAAAGGUUAUGGGGCUUAGGUGUAGGUUUCCUUUGCAAGAAUAGAAGUGAAAUAAGUUGUUAUGCAUGCUUUCUGUUGACAUCAUGGACUGCAACAUGACUCAAUAAUGAUAUUGGCAUAAGAAGUUUAUUUAAUGGUUUUCAUUGAUUGUAAAUCUUUCCACCAAGCUAUUUUAAUAAUUCAGGCCCAACCUUAUUUAUUUCCUCUGAAAGUAGACUAAUGUAACUGAGAUUACUUUAGUUUUGUCAAUCUAUUUGUGAAAAAAAAGGAUUCUGUAAAUUGUUUGCAUGGAGAGCUGUUUGUUCAAAAUAAGAUUUUCCAUUUUUUUUUUCAAUGUACUGGUAAACAUUUUUUUGAUAUUGCCUUGAUAUUACUAAAUUUCAAGAUAACAUUCAAAGUUUUAAAUUUAAAAAUAUAUUUCGACACAAUUUCUAUGUAUCAAAGAUAAAGGGACAUAAGGUUAGUUUUGUAGAUUUUGCAUCAAUUACUUGAUUACUGUUUUUAAAUUAGGUAGGCCUAUCAACAUUAAAACCAUUCCUCUUUAUGAAUUUUGAGAGUAUUAUUUUUUUAGCUUAUUGUAUUCUUGAAAAAAGGUAAUUCAGUUUCUUAUUGUACUUUCUAAGAUGGCUCCUGCUUUUUACAUGUUUACACAAAAGAACACAGAGAUUCAAUCUUCAAGAAUGUUGACCUUUUGGAAGGUUACACCUCAAGAUGACCAUUUCAAUUUAUAUAAUCUAUUGAGACCAACAUAAACAAACUCAACAGAUUAAGUUAUCAUAUGACCUGUAUCUUAUUGGUUGUGUUCAACACCUCACUUCUCAAGCCUGUCUUCUAUUACGGAAAAGUUUUACUUGAUAGACUAAUUCAUGGCAUGAUCUCAGCCUUAUUAUGUCAGUAGCCUCAUUUUUUUAAUGAAUUUUUACAGUUAAGUAUUAUUUAUGCUGUUUAGAGGAACAAAUUAGAAUUUGUUUCUAUUGUGCAAUUUUCAAAAUGAAGAAUUGAUUCAUUCAUUUCCUGUUUAUUGAAAUUUACAUGUAGGCCUUUCCAAUUUGAAGCAAUUAUUGUUGGCAAUCUUUAUUUCAUUUAUAUUUUCAUGUUUCUUUUCUAAAGGAAUUUAAAGCCAUGGCUAACUACGUAGGUUUUGCUAAUUUACCAAAUCAAGUCCAUAGAAAAUCUGUCAAGAAAGGGUUCGAGUUCACUUUGAUGGUUGUGGGUAAGUGCCUUCACUUGUGCACUUCUGAUAAUGUUAACCUGUUGACUGAAUAGGAUUUUUUCAUUUCUCCUAAACUGAUACAAGUUUCAUUAUUCAAUCCUUGUAGAAGCUUUUACAGGAUUGCUUAAAUUUUAUCUUUGGGUCUCUGAUGAACCAAAUUGAAAUUUUUGAAUUACUGGAAUUUUUGUGGGCAUUUUCAGUUUUGUUGACCUCAGUGGACAAGUUUCAAUUUGUUGCCAAAAGAUUGGCAUAAGGAAAUAAACGAACAACAUUCAGCAAAUUAACAAAGAUGAAUCUUUUGUUAGAAGGAAAUUAUUGGGGUUAUUUAAUAUGUCACACAUAGAAAAUACCCUACAAACAAAGUGUGGGAUUAGAGGCUGAUGGCAAAUAUGAUAUGAUGAGAGUGAUGUGUAAUUGUUACAGACUUGUGAGUAGUUAUUCAUUCAUUUUUCUUACAAAUUCUGUCCCUGUAUAUGCAUAGUCUGAGUGGGAGCUGAUGUUGCAGGCAGGAUAAAUAACUGGUUGAGUUUCCUAUGCCUGCAACAUAUAUAGUAUGUUGGAAUAAAUACAACAGCUUCAGAGUAGUUUAUUUCCGAUAUGAUUUUCAUGGAAAUAAAUGUUAUAAACCUGGUGCUAAAAUCUUAGGGUCCAUUCUACCCCUUUGAUAAUUGUUUAAUUUGUUACCCUCGCAUUACAGGUGAAUCAGGGCUGGGGAAGUCAACACUCGUCAACAGUUUGUUUUUAACAGACCUUUAUGCUGACAGGAAACUACCCAAAGCUGCUGGUGAGGCCUGUGUGACCUAAAUUUUUAAUUUCAUACUAUUUUUUUUCAAAAUCUUUGGGCCUUCUCAAGAAAAUUUAGUUUUCACAUAUUAUUGACUGGCCUGACUCUAAAACCUGAUAUAAUAUCUAUCAUGCAUGCACAAUGAUUGGUCAAUCUAGCAAGCUGUAUUUCUCUUUAUGGCCCUCUAAAUUAAAAAGUUUGUUUUAAUUGAAAUCUUCUUCCUCCAUUUGAACUCAGAUAAAUGAUAAAUAUCUUAUUAACCUCAAUUUCUUGGUCUGUUCUGUAAAUUAUGGAACCUAACUUUUUUCACUUGGAUUUAUGGCCAGUGCGCUUCACACUUCGACCAUAGAUCCCAGGGGGAAAAACUUGAACUGUAACUUACAGUACUGACCUCAAAGUCAGUUGUUAAGAGGUACAUGUAUUAAAUUUGCAGAUUGUGUAAAAAGAACAGUGAAGAUUGAGACAUCAACCGUGGAAAUCGAAGAAAGAGGGGUCAAGUUACGCCUGACUGUUGUAGACACUCCUGGAUAUGGGGAUGGCAUGGACAAUAAAGACAGGUUACAUUUUGUUUACAAAGUUACACUUCACAGCAGUUACCUUAGGAAAGUGCUAUUAUGGAGAGAUGGCUGUAAUAGGGAAGGAGAGAUGUAAAUUGUCAUCAGUCUUUUUCAGAUGUUCAUUUUUAUUUGAAAAUAUACUUUUUGUGACAAUCAAAUAUGGGACACAAUCAAGAUAUAUCAAUGAAAAAGACUGUUGAGGUAUGCAAAAGGGUCAUAGAGAGUAAGUAACAAAGAAGGUGACUGUUUGUACUCAUGUAGGUUUAAUAUUUAUGAAAUAUGUUUAUGUAGUUUGGAAUUAAAAUAAUCAAGAGUUAGCUGCUUAAUGCAAACAACAGACCAAAAGACAGUGAAAAUGGGCCUGACUCUAAGUGUUUAAAACUCUGUAUAGCUAUGUUCAUUAUCUGACCACUCUGUGUUUUUAAAAGUAGAAUUAUUCUAACCUAUUAGAUAUUUAAACAGAGUCACAUGUAACUUUUUUCUUUAUCAGUUUCAAACCCAUUCUGGAUUAUGUUAAAGAACAGUUUGAAAGUUACCUUAAAGAUGAAUCAGGACUGAAUCGCCGGCACAUUGUGGACACAAGAGUACACUGCUGUUUUUACUUUAUAGCUCCAACAGGACAUGGGUUUGUUAUGUUUUUAGCUACCAGUUUUUAAGAGGAAUAAAAAAACAUUUUUGUAGCUAUUUUGUCAACUUGAGUAUUCUGAGUUUCAUGGUGAAUUUGGUUUCAGACUCAAGCCUCUUGAUAUUGAGUUCAUGAAGCAGCUUCAUGACAAAGUCAACAUUGUUCCUGUCAUUGGAAAGGCUGACACCCUCACUCCAACUGAACUGAACAGCAUGAAACGAAGGGUAGGUUCAAGGUCCAGCAAGUUUAGGGACAAUAAAUGAUCAACCUCUAAUAUUACUAUUGCGAGUGCACUGUAACUACUUGUGUAAAUAUAAUUAUGUGUAAAUAUAGAACUCUAGUUAAGAGGAGUGACUGACAGAGAAGUUAACUGUUCUGUUACCUUUGACUGUUUUCACAUUUAGACUUCUUAAUUGUAAUUUUUACUCUCAUUACCUUUUAUGAAAUUCUCUUCCAUUUAGGUUUUAGAUGAAAUUGAGGAACAAGGUAUCACAAUUUAUGAGCUCCCAGACUGUGAAAGUGAUGAGGAUGAAGAAUACGUCGAGCAAACAAAACAACUUAAGGUGAUGAAUUUAGAUAAAUUCAGCAUAAUUUGUAGAACAGUUUGGCAUCCUUUCUGUAAGGUAAGGUUCCAUGGGUGAGAGAAUCACACAACCCCCCAACCCUGACACAAGUGCGUGACCACGAGGGUAGUCUAAGGGUGUACACACAUGACCCCCCUUCCUGAUCAAACUAAUGUGAAAAUUGUCCAUAUUUAAACAAUUGGCAUGCCCUAAAAUGCCUGUAAGAUGUUUGUAGAGGACCUCCCUUCUAAAGCCUAACUAAAUUUCAGUGGCCAACAAGAGAAGUAGAUUGGCCAGGGACAAAUGAUUCUACAGAUAAGGCUCCAAGAACCACACAGUCCAAACUUUAAGCUUGACCUCUUAAGUGUGUCGUUUGCUGAUUGUCACUUAGAGGCUAUGGCUUAUACACACAUACAUUUUUACAUUUCAGAACAUUAUACCUGACAUGCAGCUAAAGAAAGCUUGUUUUUAACAGUCAUGAUUACAUUUCUGUUUUUUUUAUUAUCAGGCUAGCAUGCCAUUUGCUGUGGUAGGAAGUAAUACUUUGAUAGAGGUGUGUGGCAAGAAGAUUCGAGGACGGCUUUACCCUUGGGGAGUGGUUGAAGGUAGGACAUGUUAGUGAUAUGAGUGUAGUCAAGUACCAAAGUGCUUAUAGGUAUUAAUAUGAAAGCUUUCAUUGCUGACAGAGUGUUUUUUCCCUUUUGUUUCAGUUGAAAACCCAAAGCACUGUGACUUUGUGAAGUUACGCACUAUGCUUGUGUAAGUGUCUCUCAAACUUUUUUCUUUAAAUGUCAUUUGGUAAACAGUCAAACAAACCUACACUGUAAGCUGACAAUUCCUUUAAAAAUAUGUCUCCCUUUACAAGCUUUAAGAUUAAACUCAGGUAACUGUUUGAUGGACCAGCUUCCCAUGGGGGGGAGGGGCAGGGUUAAAGGGGGAAGGGUCAGGGGAGUGAGUAGGGACAAUCAUAGUAACUCCAUGCUACUGAAAGUGGGCUAGGCUCUAGCAGGAUGGACAACCUGGGUCUUAAGCUGAUCCUACAAUUGAUCUUUUCUCACAGAACUCACAUGCAGGACCUCAAGGAAGUGACACAGGAAAGUCAUUAUGAGAACUUCCGAGCAGCUCAGCUGUCAAGUGAAACUGAGCUCUCAAAUGGGAAUGUUGAAGAUGCUCCAAGGAAUGGCAAAAGGUGCAUUGAAAUGUUUGAAAUGUGAUGUUAUGUGUCACUUUGUUAAAAGGUGCAAUCAUUCUAAACAAAUGCUUUUUAAUUAUCUUGACUUCAGAGCUCGUAACAUCACAAGUGCCAUGAUGGAGAAAGACCGUGCCUUGUUGGAGAAAGAGGAGGAGGUAAGUAAUUAGCCAAGAGGGACAAAAAAAGUGGCAAACAUGUCUUGAUUAAGUGAUUGACCUACUGAAUGACUCUGAUUGUAUUGUCUGCCUGUCUGUACGUCUGUACGUCUGUCUGUUGGUUUUUUGAUUGAAUGAAUUGACUUAUUAAUUGAUUGAUUGACUGACGGAUUGAUUCACCAGCUAACUACUUUCUUGACUGACUUAUUGACUGACUUAUUGACUGACUGUCUGACACAGUGGCUGAUGGAUGAAUAUAUUCAGUUAUUAAGCAAAGGGAGUGACAAACUUGAUUGAAUGAUUGAUUUUCAGCUUCGGCGAAUGCAAGAGAUGAUUGCAAAGAUGCAGCAACAGAUGAAAAGUCAGAGCUAGUGGGCCAAAAUGAUUCAGCACAAUUGUGGAAUGACUCCCCAGUGAUCAACUUUAUUGAGCAGAAACAAGAAAGUAAUUGUAUGGUGGUCUCAUGGUGACUUCUUUUGGAUAAGAUGGGGCUAGCUAUAAUCAAGCUAUUUGACAAUUGCAACAUGAACAAAGAAACAAAUUAGGUUACAUUGUUGGGAAUUAUUUAAUGCUACUAGUUAAGAUGUUUUUACUAAAUUCAUAGAAUGAAGGUACUGUAACUUUUAGCCCCCUGCGCUAAAGUGCAAUAUUAAAAUCUGAUAUUUUUACUGAAAUAUUCAUUGUUACCACUGUUUUUUUUUUAUGCAUAAUAUUCCUUUUUUAAUUGUUAUCAUUUUCAAACAGUGGGAAGCCUUUAUACUGUCAUAUUUUAUUGAUAAAUUUCUAUCACUGCAUAUGUGAUGUUUUUAUUUUACUGAUGUCUUUUGAAGUAGAAUUUUAUGAGGGGUUUCAUUGUAUUUUUAUUUUAACACAAUAUGUCUGCCGGAGAAGCACAGGAGAUUCCCAUUACUAAUUUUAUUUGUUAUUUUUCCAAUUUUUAUGGAGUAUUCCAUGGUAGAUAGUAUAAUUAAAUAGCUGUUAACUUUUACACAAGCCUAAUGAAAAACUGAUGUAUUAAAAAUUUCUAGUAAUAUAUUUAUUAGCGGUUUAAAGUGUAUCGUUAGAUGUAGUUCUUUAUGGCAAUGGUUCAUGCUUAAAAAAAAUAUUUUAUCAAGUGAAAGUUGAAGUACUUUAGUGCUUGUUUAUAAUAUUGAAGCCCGAUUUCUAACAAUUUUUACGUAGAUAGCGUAAGUAGAAUUUACAAUGAAAUAUUUCAAUAAAAUAAAAAAACUUUCAUUC